UUGUAGUACGUUACCAAUAAAAAUCUGUAACUCGGAAAAAUGGAUGAUAACAACCUGCACAUGAAAAUGCAAACAAUAAUACUUGUGAAUUUAAUUACUUUUACUACUUUGGCACACAAAGUGUACGCUGCGGGCGGUUCAGUGGAAUUGUAUGAGUAUUCUUUUGAUAAAGUUAUCGGUAAAUUUGAAGCCUCGUUGGUAAAAUUCGAUGUGGCGUUUCCGUACGGAGACAAGCACGAUGCUUUCGUGGCACUCGCAAAGGAAUCCAGAGAUGUGGGAGAUUUGUUAUUCGCCGAAGUAGGCGUUAAAGACUACGGCGAAAAAGAUAAUGAAGCCCUGGCUAAAAAAUACGGAGCUACUAAGGAUAAUUUUCCGGUAGUAAAAUUGUUUUUAAAGGACCAAACUAAACCCAUUGCAUUUGAUGAAACCAAAGGCUUUACCAGUGAUGAACUGCGAAGAUUCGUACGCGAAAAGAGCGGUAUAUUUUUAAGCCUCCCCGGAUGUGUGAAGGAGUUGGAUUUGCAGGCAAUCAAGUUUAUAAAAUCGAAUUCAGAAGAUAGAAAACUAGUGUUGAAAGAGACCGAAGAUAUUGUCAAGAAGCUAAAUAAUAAAGAAGCCACAUCGGGUAAAAUCUACAAAAUGAUAAUGGAAAAAAUUAUAGAAAAAGGAAAUGACUUUAUAAAGACUGAAAAUGAAAGGGUGCAAAAGUUACUUAAUACCAAAAUUUCUGACGCCAAGAAGAAGGAAUUAGAAAACAGAAUAAACAUCUUACAGUCAUUCCAAUUUAGUGAUAAAAGGAAAGGAAAAGAAGAGCUUUGAACUGAGCUAGGCUUAAUAUUUUUUUAGCUUUUGUUGUUUGUCACUGCACUGAUUUGUUGAAGCACCAAAACAAUAAGAUUGUUCAUUAUAAUAUUACUUCCAUACUUAUAAUAUUUCUGUGGUUCUCAAACCAAGAUUUUGUUUUUAGAAUUAUAAAAAUAUUAUCAAUGUGUUGAUCUUUUAUAAGCAAUCCAGACAAAUAAUUCAUAAGUCACUGUGUCUGCAUUUUUACAAUAUCUACAUAAGUAAGAAUGUGUUCAACACUAUAUUUAAUGAUUUUAAAACUAUACAGUAAAAACUGAGAAGGUAAAAUUAUGGUAUCUUUAAAACAUUCCUCUUAUCAAGUUAUGACAUAAGUUUGCUACACUAGUUUUAAGAACCUUAAAUAAGUGCACAAAUAAGCAAUAAAGUGUGUUUAAGUAAA